AUGCCUCUCCUGGUCGCGACGCAGUGUGCGCGGCCAGCGCUCUUGGGACGAUGGCCGCACAUUCCGUUGCCCUCCAGAGCCCGGGGUGCUUUCGCCAGGCGUUUUCUCCUGCCAGAGCAAGGACUGCGGGUAUUUUGCGCUGGUCUUGGCUUGGCACCUCUGACAGCUCGCGCUCACCGCAACACGCGUGGCCGGGGCAUCGCUAGCGCCGCUGCAGCAGACCACUACGGGCUGCUGGGUCUUCAGCGCCAGGCCGAUACCCAGGAGAUCCAGGUGGCUUACAGCCGUGCGGUGUCCUUGGCCCAGGAGACGAAGGCCUCUGAGCUGCUUCCCCGGCUCGAGGAAGCCUACGCCGUGCUCAGCUCCCGGGAGUCCCGGGAGCAAUACGACCGGCAGCUGCAAGUAGAUCAGGCCUGGGAUGAGGCCGUGCAGCUGCCAGAGAUGCCUGUGCGCGGGCCCCUGGGCAAGGAGUCCAACCACCGGCCGGGCAGGGCCAAGGUCUUCCUCAAGACGUUUGGGUGCCAGCACAACCAAUCAGACGGGGAGUACAUGCUUGGGCAGCUGCAUGACUACGGCUAUACCCUGGUGGACAAGCUCGAGGAGUCGGACAUCUGCGUCGUCAACUCCUGCACUGUGAAGACUCCAUCUGAGUCCAGGGGCUUGCACCUGGUCAACCAGGCUACGGAGUUGCAGAAGCAGGUCGUGCUCGCUGGCUGCGUUCCAUCUGGUGACAAGCGGCUGCCAAAGAAGCUUCCGCAUGUCAGCAUGCUGCAUGUGACCCAGCUGGAUCGUAUCGUGGACGUGGUUGAAGAGACAAGCAAGGGCCGAGUGGUGACCCUGCUAGACAAGAAGAAGGAGGGCCUGCCGUCCCUUGCGCUCCCGAAAGUGCGACAAGAUAGGCUGACGGAGAUCAUCACGAUCAAUGCUGGGUGCUUGAACUUCUGCACAUACUGCAAAACUCGCAUCGCCCGCGGAACUGUGGUGUCCUACUCCGUGGAGGAGAUUGUGGAGCGGGCCCUCCAGGCUACCAGGGAGGGGGUCUGCCACAUCGAGCUGGCCUCGGAGGACAUGGGGGCCUACGGGGUGGACAUCGGCAGCAACAUUGCCGAGCUGCUCCUGCGCCUUUCGGAUGCCUUGCCGGCUGGUGUGAUGCUGCGGACAGGCAUGACGAACCCUCCCUACAUCAUGGAGCAUCUGGAUGGGGUCAUAGAGGCGCUAAAGCGGCCGAAUGUCUAUAGCUUCAUGCACAUCCCAGUUCAAUCUGGUUCGGAUGCUGUGCUCAAGGCCAUGAAGCGAAAGUACACCGUCAAGGACUUCCUCCACCUCGUGGGUCGCUUGCGGGAGGAGAUCCCUGAUAUUUAUCUGCUCACCGACAUCAUCUGUGGCUUUCCCACAGAGACAGAGAAGGACUGGAAGGACACCCUUGAGUUGGUGCGGGACUGCCGUUUUCAUGGAGUCUACUCCUCCCGGUACUUCGCCCGGGCAGGGACGCCGGCUGCAAAGCUGCAACAGCUUCCCCACACUGUGACGAAGAGGCGCUACCAAGAGCUCUGCGCCCUGGAUGCUUUGAACGACCGCAAUGCCGGGCUGCAGGGGACCACGCAGCGCGUGUGGUUCGCUGGUACUGACGGCCUGCGCAAUCAGACCGUUGGCCGCACCAAAAACUUUGCAAAGGUCCUGGUGCCGAGAGACGAUUCCCUCCUUGGCCAAAGUGCCAUGGUAGAGGUCCUGCAAACAUCGGUUCAGCAUGUGGAGGGCCGUGUUGUGCAAACUGAGGCUCCCUGA